GAUACAGCCCGUAUUCCCAUCUUCAGUGCUGGCACACCCAUAUCCCCGAGUCGAUUGUCGCCCAUUAUUCCGCUUCACAAUGGAUGUCUCCAACAACCGCCUCUUUCGCUGGUCCAAGCCCGAAUGGCUUAACAACUCCGCCGUGCGCAACGCAGGCGUCUACACCUCCGGCGCACUGUUCUCCCUCGGAUUCUUCUUCCUCAUCGAUGCUGCCGCCUUCUCCCACAGUUCCCGCAACGGAUCCUUCGUCCACGUCAAGUUCGUCGACUGGAUCCCCGGCAUCUGCUCCGCGCUCGGAAUGCUCGUCAUCAAUUCGAUCGAGAAGUCACGUCUUCAUGCCGAUAGCUUCAGUUACAGCGGGAGCGGGGUCGCAUGGAAGGCGAGAUUUGUGCUUUUCCUAGGCUUUGCGUUGUUGGCGGGCGGGUUAGCCGGGAGUGUGACGGUCAUGGUCCUUAAAUACUUGAUGAAGGGAUAUCCACUUCCGACGCUAUACUUUGGCAUUGCGAAUGUUCUUGCGAAUGGAUUGGUUAUGAUGAGCACCGUCGUCCUAUGGAUCUCUCAGAAUAUUGAAGACGAUUACACCUACAACCUUGCCCUGUGAUGGAUCAUGGGUCCGCCUAGUUUGAUUGAUUGAUUGAUUGAUUGAUGGAUUGAUAUGAGACGAUCGCUCUGGUUUCCUUCCUGGGCGUGUUAUUAUAUUAUGAAUUUUCUUCUUGGUGUUUCCUUUCCCUGCUCUUUGUUCCUUGAGAGAUCAAGGAUGGGUUUACUUUUCAGGUGUUGUUCUACAAUGCAUUGCGCGUUGAGUGGUUUCUGUUUUGCUUGUUGUAUUAGGCUGUUUUAGCAUGCUUGUUACGUUAUGAUUAUGGUAUGGUCUGAGAUGUGAGAUUUGGGGGGUCUUUUUUUUUUUGUAGAUUGAAGUUGUAGUCAUGUGGUGAUGGUGCUACAUGGGUAUUUUGCUAUAUACAUGAGGUUUUUCAGUUGUCCUGCAGUUACAAUAACCG